AUGUCAGACGAUAACACUCGCCAAGCCGCAUCAGAGGCAAUGGAGAAAAGUAAAGAAGCCUGCAGCGGUGCUGCUCAGGAUAUAAAAGAGAAAGCUAGUGAUAUGAGUCAAGCAGCAAAAGAGAAAGGGUGUGCAGCAGCAGAGUGUACGAAACAAAAAGCUCACGAUAUAAGUGAAGCAGCAAAAGAAAAAGGAGCAGCAGCAGCAGAAGCAGCAAGUGAAAAGACACACGAAGCAAAAGAAAAAUGUGGCGAUGCAUGCAGCUCUGCUGCUGAGGCUUCUAAGGAGAAAGGAGAAGAAGCAACAGAACAAAGUCAAUCCAUAGGUCAAGCAAUAAGCGAGAAAGCUCACAGCAUGAAGGAUGCUGUUUCUGAGGCUGUAAGCAACACAGCAGCAGCAGCAAAAGACAAAGCUGUUGCAGCAAAGGAUACAGUAGCUGAGGGGGUAUCGAAGCUGAGGAGUGACGCGGCGGACUUCAUCUCCCCUAAAUAA